AUGUCUACCACUAGGUUGGCUGUGACUACCACGCGUUCGGUUAUAUUCGACGAGACAUCAAGCUGUGAAGGCUGGUGGGAACAGAGCAGCCAAUUACGAACAGAGAGAAAUAGCACGGAUGAAAUGAUGGAUAGUCGCGAGGACGGCAAUGAAGAGGAAGAAAAAGGAGAUGAAUGGUACGAAGACGGCUACGAUUACGACGAUGUCGACGAAGAGGAUGUCACCGAGGAUGAAGAGGAUGGGGAUGAAGAUGUAGUCGACGGGGAAGAUGGCGAUCUUGACUCUGAUGAAACAGACUAG